CAGAGCGUUAUGACGUAAUGAGUGCGGGUCCAUGUUAGCUGAAUUGCUAAUGUUCCGGUGCCAGAGGAGCGGUGGAUGUGUUCGGUAGACAAAGGGAGUGAAUCCGCGAGUAAUAUGCGGCAGUGUGGACUCUCCCGCUGGGCAGCGCGGUGCUGAGCUCUAACUUGUUCCCUGUAUGUAAUUAGUUUCUCGGAGGAAAGUCCGCUCCGCGUUGUAUGUCGUUCUCUUCCAGGCUACGCUAGGCUAGGCUACGCUAGGCUAAGCUAGGCUAGGCUAUUCUCCAGCAUGUACCCUGCGUGGGGCGCUUAUGGCUGGAGCCCGCAGCCUCAGCACUUCUCUCCGCGCGCUCAGCCUUUCCGCGGCCCGCCUCCGUCUGCCGGUGGCUUCGGGGGAUAUGGAGCUCCAUCUCCGGCAAACUCCUCCAACUUCUCCAGCCUGCAUGAGCAGCAUCUGCAGCAGAUGCAGCAGCUUCAGCAGCUCCACCAGAGGCAGCUCCAGUCUGUGCUACACUAUAAUAACGCCAACUUCAACGCUGCUCCUGCUCCAUCUCCAGCGGCUCCUCCACAGUGGAGCGGACCUGCGGCAGGAUAUCCACCACCUACAUCUCACUUUCAGCCGGAUCCUGCUCAGAACAGAGGCGCUGCUCCACCUGAACCCCCAUCUGCACCUCCACCAGCACCUAAAACCACCACACCAACACCAGCUCACUCCCUGAACACCACCUCCACCACAACCUCCACCACGGAGAGUUCAGCAGCAGAGCCGAAAGAGAAGACAGCUAACUUGUCUGCCAUGUCUCUACAGGAGCAGCAGGAUUACUGGUACCAGCAGCACCUUCACAACCUUCAGAAGUUGAAGAAUGAGAAGAUGAAGCAGGGAGGUAGUGACGUGUCCUCUAAAGGAAACACAGGCACGUCCCCUGACCCACCACCGCAUGAAGCCCCACCUCCUCCACCCCCUAAAGAGGAACCUCCUCCACCUCCUCCACCUGACGACAAGCCCAGCAUGGCCGAGUCUGCAGACCCGGCAGAGGCAGCGAGGUUACAGCAACUGCAGGUGGCAGCAGCUCAGUGGCAGCAGGUUCAGUACCACAGAGCGGGGUAUCAGUACCAGGCCCUGAUGCAGGAACACACACAGCUUCAGCAGAUACUGCACCGCUACCAACAGGUCAUCCAGCAACCUGCACACUUAGAGUCCAUGUCUGCAGACCUGCAGUUGCAGCACUAUGAGAUGCAGCAGCAGCAGUUUGCACCGGUGUUGCAGGACUGGGACAGACACUUUAAGCUCUGGCUGGACCAGUUCCAGGCAUAUCCUCACAAAGACCAGCUUCAGGAGUAUGAAGGUCAGUGGAGACAGUGGCAGGAGCAAAUGAGCUCCACUUCAGCCCAUUUGAACGAGCGAGUGACCACACUGAGGGGCAUGAAACAGCCGUAUGGAGGUAUGGUGGGAGCGUAUGGGCAGCCCUGUCCUCCUGCACCAGAUAUGAGCACCACCCCGAUGGCACCAAAUACUCUGGUUCCUUCCUCAGGCCCUCCUCAGAGCACACGUCCAACCAAUCUUUCAGGACCAAAUUCUGUGGAAUCAGGUUCACGUCCAGGAUUAGUGGUUUCAGCUCCACGUCCAGGGUCAGUGGUUCCUGUCUGUCCUCCUGGAACAGCGGCAAGACAGCCUGGUCCUCGUGGAAGGUUUGAAGGCCCAAGAGGUCCGAGGUUUGAAGGUCCUAGAGGGCCAAGAUUUGAAGUUCCAUUACAGCAGAGAUUUUGUGAACCAGCCAGGUUUGAUGGUGGUCAGCACUUCGGAAAGCCUCCACGAGGUAAUGCGCAUCUGUCAGGACCUUCAGGUAGAUUUGAGACUCCACUUUCUCGUUAUGAGAGACCUCCUGGACCACACCUGGGUCCACCCAUAGGUCCAUCUCCACCAUCUGUUCCUGCCUCACAAACUAAACUUAGCCAGGUAAAACAACCAAACUCACAGCUGGGUAAACCUGAUUCUUCUUCAGCUUCUCUUCCUGAAAGUGUGACCACAAGCAAGAAAGAAAAUGGAACGAUUCCAAAUGAAACGGAACACAAGUCCAUGUCAGAUGAUGUAAUGAGUUCAGAUGAUGCAUUCUUUGUUCAGACUGAUCCAAUUCCUCAGUCUGACAAAGGCAAGAAACCUGACACCAUCAAACAGGCUGUUAAAGAGAAGGACUCAAAAAAGGAUAACUUCAAAACAACUGUAACAGCAGCACCAUCCUCAGCAGCGCCAUCCUCAGCAGCGCCAUCCUCAGCAGCGCCAUCCUCAGCUGCGCCAUCCUCAGCUGCGCCAUCCUCAGCUGCACCUGUCCCACUAAAUCAACCCCUAACUACUCCCAAUAAGACCCCAGAGGCAUCAAAAAGUAUUACUGCUCCACAACAACGGGCACAGCCUCUUCAACAAGGCCCAUUCCAAUCUGACCUGCACAAGGAACCCCCUGGAACACCACACGAGAUAAAUCAGUAUGGUCCUCCACAUGCUCUCCGUGGUCACGGUAGGGGUCAAGCUCCUUUAUCAAUGCGAGGAAGAGGUCGUGGACGUGGUCGAGGACAGAUGAGCAGACCUCUGGGUCCUCCAUCUUUAUCAGAUCCCAGUUUUCAUGGGGAAGAUGCUUCAUAUGAGCAUCAGCCACCAAUUGAAGAGGAUUUUGGUUGGGGGGAGCAUUCCCAAGAACCACAUUGUAUGAUGGAUGACCGGGAAGCUCAUGAGAUGUGGCACCCUGAGGAGCAUCAUUUCCAGAAAGAAUUUUAUGAAGAGCCUGAAGAACGUGCAGCACAUCAGGGCCGAAUGGAUCCCGCAGAGAGACCCGUGGAACACUGGGAAGAGGAGCAGCCGGAGUACUGGGAGGAGGGAGAUCAAUACUGGGCAGAGAGAAGACCUACAAUGAUGCACCAUCGACCCUCUUUGCCUCUUGAAGGACCUAGAUGCCCCCCUUUCCAACCACGCUUUAUGCACCACGGUCCACGACGUCCUCCUCCACCAUCAAAUAUGGAACGUGACCCACAUGGCCCCCCUCCUCCUUUUCCUAACAUGGGGCCUCGUUUUCGACGUGGUUGUCCGGGUCCUUGGGGGCCAAGACCACGUCAUGACCUGAUGAGACGACCUCCUCUACCACCUCAUGAACUAUUGGAGAGAGAGCCAGUGGGUCCACCUGGGUACCAUGAUGAAAUGGACAGAGAACCUGGUUGGCCUCUUCCACAUGGUAGAGAACCCAGGCACCCUCUAUUACCUCCUCAUGAAAUGAGGGAUAUGAGAAGGCCACCCAUGCGAUCACAUCCGAUGGCGAUAGAUAGGUGGAGAAGACCACCACUCGAAGAUCCUCAAGGAGGCUAUGAGCAAGAAUAUGCUGAGUUUGGACCUGAGGAUGAUGGGUAUCAGGGAAGACCUCCAUCUGAUUACCGCCCCCGGGAUUACAAGGACGAAGAGUUUUACCAUGCGAGAGAUGAGUGGAGAGGAGAACAUCCAGAUCGUGACUUUCCUCCACAUCCACCACGUGGGCCACAAUCAGACCACCACAGAGAAGAUCCCUGGAGGGAGGAAAGGGACAGACCGUUCUUGUAUGAGAAUGAUGAUCGAAUGAGGGCUGAACAAAGAGGACCUGGGUAUCCUGAAGGACCUCUGUAUAGGGACCGAGAUAAUGAACCUCCCUUUCGUUCUCGUCCUGAUUGGGAAAGACCACCACCUCCUCCACUGAAAGAGAGAAUUUACCCAGAUCCCACUGAAGAAACUCGACCUCUUUAUGAUAGGAACUCUGAACUCCCCAUUGCACCACAAAGCAGUGUUCCAGAAGCUCCACUUGAUCAGAUGUCACCAGGUGGAACCAAAACCGUUCUUGCACUUUCUCAAAGGCAGCAUGAAAUCAUCCUCAAAGCUGCUCAGGAGCUGAAGAUGAUCAGAGAGCUUCAAGAGAGCAAAAAGGUUCUGGGCGAAACUUCUGAGUCUCCAGGAGUAGCUUCUGAAAUUUCUGCUGGUCUUCUUGGACUUGAAAUUCCACCCGAGGUUAAAAAUGCUCUUCAGGACGUGUCUGGAAGACUCUUGGAACCUGGAAUGCACAAAUCCAACCCAGUUGCAGAUUUCCUCCACACAGCAUCAGCACCACCUCCAAAACCUUCCUUCAUUACGACCACGGUGGAUUAUGGUCACGGACACGAUGUUGGUGCAAAGGUGGAGAGGAUCUCCUAUGGGGAGAGGAUUGUACUGAGGCCUGAUCCUCUGCCAUCUGAUCGACUCUAUGAGAAAGAACUUCUUGGACGUCGGGACCCAUACUACGAUAGAAGAGGUGAUUCCUACAUGGACCAGCGGGAAUAUGGAAGGAAUCGAGACAGAGAACCAUUCCGAGACAGACCUUCCCUGGAUUACGAGAGGGAUCGUGUGGAAAGAGAGCGUUACUCUAGAGACGAGAGGCCACCCCCAGGCCCACCCCGUCCUGCUUACCGGGAUCGUGAGAGGGAUGUGAGGGAGCACUCGAGUCGCUCGAGCCGAGAUCGGGAGCCGUAUAACCGAUCUUCAUAUGAAAGAAGUCUUGAUCGCUAUGAUCAUGCAGCUUCAGGUUACACAAAUGACAGGAGGAGUUACCCCGAUGAACCUCCUCCUCCAUCUCUUCCUCAACGUGUUGAGAAGAAACCAGAAACCAAGAAUGUUGAUGACCUUCUAAAGCCACCUGGACGUGCGAGUCGUCCUGACAGGAUUGUGGUAAUAAUGCGAGGGUUACCAGGAAGUGGGAAGAGCCACCUGGCAAAGCUCAUCCGGGAUAAGGAGGUGGAGUUUGGAGGAGCUCCACCGCGAGUACUUGGUCUCGAUGACUAUUUCAUGACUGAAGUGGAGAAAGAGGAGAAAGACCCUGACACUGGGAAGCGCAUUAAAACUAAGGUCCUAGAAUAUGAGUAUGAGCCAGAGAUGGAGGACACCUACAGGAACAGCAUGCUGAAGACCUUUAGAAAGACACUGGACGAUGGCUUCUUCCCCUUCAUCAUCCUCGACGCCAUCAAUGAGAAAGUGAAGUACUUCGAGCAGUUCUGGAGUGCAGCUAAAACCAAAGGGUUUGAGGUCUACGUAGCUGAAGUCUCUGCUGACCAUCAGACCUGUGCUAAGAGGAACAUUCAUGGGCGCAAGCUAAAGGACAUCACCAAGCUGGCGAACAGCUGGGAGUCGGCCCCGGUGCACAUGGCACGUCUGGAUCUUCGCUCAUUGCUGCAGGACGCUGCUAUAGAGGAGGUGGAGAUGGAGGACUCUGAGAUGGAUGCUGCAGCUGAAGAGAAGAAGGAGGAAGAGGAGGAGGCAGAUCUGGGAUACCUUCCCAAAAGCAAAUGGGAGAUGGACACAUCUGAGGCCAAACUGGAUAAACUAGACGGUUUAGCUGGAGGAGGGAAGCGGAAGCGGGACAUUUCUGCUAUGGAAGACUUCUUACAGCUGCCGGAUGAUUACGCCAGUCGCAUGUCCCAGCCGGGAAAGAAAAGGGUGCGUUGGGCUGAUCUGGAGGAGCAGAAGGAUGCAGAUCGGAAGCGAGCGAUUGGGUUUGUAGUAGGACAGACGGACUGGGAGAAGAUCACGGAUGAGAGUGGACAGUUAGCUCAGCGAGCGCUCAAUCGCACUAAAUACUUUUAGAGCCGUUUAUACUCGUCCUCUUUACAUCCAGAACGGUUCUUCUCGGCAGAGGUGGUUGAUGGGCGGAGCUCCAUGCUGUGAUUUCUACAUCUGUGCAGUUUAGGCACCCCACUCAUACUUUUUCUCUCUUCAGUAUCUUAAAUGUUUUCUUAGCCUGAAUGUUAUUUUUUGUUAUUUUUUUUUUUAUGCGUUACUCAGGUGAAGCCCUGCAGUUAUUGAUGUUUAUUGAUGCGAGGUGUUAGCGAGCCUGUUGUGCUUUAGUUUUUUAAUCGAUAUUCUCCAUGUGUUCCCCUCAGACUGUACUUUCUCAUACAAACUCCAAUAAACAACACAGUAAACAGUGUGACACACA